CGGUCAUCAUGGUACUGCAAUUUGACCUUAUGAGGAAUUGACGACUUUCAUUUGGUACUGGCCCGAUCUUAACCCAUUUAAGUUUGUUUUUUUUUUUUGGUGUUGUUUUACGUGUAGUGCCCAAAAGAAAAAACCGUUUUCCGGUAAAUUCUCGAAUAAAAACUCUCCCCCUUCGGUUUACGGUCGAACGGUUUCGUGGUCUAUACAAACAUAAUUUAUUAUAUUACAAUAGAUUUCAAGGUUUGUAUAGUAUUAGGCACACACCAGUGCGUUAACGGUGCAAUCUAGUGGUUUUUAUUGGUGAAGUGUUGGAUAGAUAAACAACUGGAACCAAUAUGUAGCAAAGGCCCAGCGGCGAAACGUAAAAUGAAGAAGUCAAAGGCGGUAAUUUCAAAAAUAUAAAAGGAACUUUUUUGUCCCGCGAAAAUGUCGACUUUUUUCAAAAAAAGUUUCGUCUUUUGUACGUUUUUCGUGUCCUGCGCGUCGGCCGCCCUUUUGCUGGCCGCCCUCGGCACCAAACACUGGACCGAAUCGGGGGCGAAAAGGAUGAAAAACCCCGCGGAAAGCGACGGAAAGAUCCACUUUGGACUGUUCGAGGGUAAGAAGGAACUUAACGUGGCGUACGGGUGGCGUACCUACGAGAUGGACGUCAUACACAUAAUGAAAGACGAGCCGGAGUUUCUGAAUUAUUGGUUCUGGCUCGGGACAGUUACCGUUUUAUGUGUCGCCCUCCUAACCGCAGUCAUCAGCACCAUUUUGGCGGUUAUCAAUACGAUCACUACGUCACAUAGAUGUCUGGUGGGCGUGUCCGGACUGAUUUUCUGGAAUUUUCUUACUUGUUUUUUAUCGUUAUGUGGCAUCGGACUGUGGUUGGCCCAGUUUUACACCAAGAUCCAAUACAACGUGCUCACCAGGGAGGAUCGCGGUAACGAGUGGAGUUCGGAAAAUAUGGCCGAGCUCGGUUACUCCUUUUGGUUCGUAGUAGGCGCCACCUGUGCCAGUUUCGUCAACGUCAUACUGACGAGCAUAGCGAAUAACGAACACGAGACGGAGACUGUCAUUCCCGUAUUAGAGGAGAAAACUAACGGGGCGAUUAUGCUUUAUUAAAUAAAUAAAAAUGUUUUACCGUAUAAUAAAUUAUAUAUUUUUAUAAAGUAAAA